CUUGCGCGUCCUGUAAGGACAUCACAAUCUACCACCAUGACUUCCAUUGGCACAGGCUACGAUCUCUCAGCAAGUACUUACUCACCCGAUGGAAGGAUAUUUCAGGUCGAAUACGCAAACAAGGCCGUCGAGAACUCUGGAACGGCGAUUGGCCUACGUGUGAAAGGUGGUGUUGUUCUAGCCGUUGAGAAGCUAGUACACUCCAAAUUGUUGGUCCCCGGCGCCAACAGGCGGAUACAGACGGUGGACAGACAUAUUGGCAUGGCCACAGCAGGUCUACUCGCCGAUGGUCGCCAUCUGGCCAACAGAGCUCGAGACGAAUCGUCCAAUUACCGUGAACAAUUCCGAACACCACCCCCAUUAAAGUCACUCGCAGAUCGAUUGGGCCAAUACGUGCAAGCUUAUACCCUGUAUUCAUCAGUUCGUCCGUUUGGGAUCAGCACCAUCCUCGGAGCAGUGGACAAGGAUGGUCCAUCAUUAUAUGUUAUUGAACCAAGUGGUGUCUUCUAUGGCUAUCAUGGCGCUGCAGUAGGCAAGGGCCGUCAACUAGCCAAAACAGAGCUCGAGAAGCUCGACCUGGCAUCGAUUUCCAUGCGUCAAGCGGUGUUGGACGCUGCUCGAAUAAUCUAUCUGGUUCAUGAAGACGCCAAGGAGAAGGAAUUUGAAUUGGAGAUGUCAUGGAUCGGUGAUGAGACGAAUGGGCUUCAUUUGCCUGUCCCUAAGGAUCUGUUUGAAGAGGCGGACAGAAAGGCAAAAGAAGCUCUUGAAACUUUUGAGUAGAAAGCAUAGGCUUUUUUGCUGUACUGUGCCGUGUAGUUUGCCAACCAUUGACUGCAACGAGAAAAACAAAACAAU